AUGCUGGGGGACCCCCAAGGCUCAGCAGCAGCAGCAGCAGCAGCAGCAGCAGCAGAUGCAGCAGAAGCAGCAGAAGCAGCAGCAGGUGCAACAGAAGCAGCAACUGAUGCAGCAAACAGGCUGGCUGCGAGCUCGUGCUGCUGCUGGAGUAAGAGCCUUAAAGCUGCUGCUGAUGCGCCGCACUGCAGCAGCAUCAGUACCUGCUGCAGCGUACAGGACGCAUGCAGCAGCAGCAGCAGCAGCAGCAACAGCAGCAGCAACGGGACGGGAGAUUUUGGUAUCGAAGCAAAGGCCUUAUCUGCAGCAGCAGACAGAUCGACAGCAGCAGCAGAUACGGCAGCAGCAAGAACAACACCCACAGAAGCAGCAGCAGCAGCAGCAGAAGCAACAGGUUUUACUGUCUUUGCUCCGCUGCAUGCAGCAGCCGCUGCAGAGCAGCAGGGGGUGACCCUCAACAAGCAGCAGCAGCAGCAGCAUCAGCAGCAGCAGCAGCAGCAGCAGCAGCAAGUCAAGUUACUGAAGUGCUUCGAGCAUAUGGACAUCGAAUCGUUACGGAGAACGUACGGACUGCAGGCUCCGCAGCAGCAGCAGCAGCAGCAACAGCAGCAACAGCAGCAGCAGCAGCAGGAGCAGCAACAGCAGCAGCAGCAAGAUGAUGACGAGACAGCCCCUGUGUAUGGAGAACGUGUUGUGCCCCUUCCCAAUCUCGUGGUGCGGGGCUUCGGCAGGGGGAGCUCGUUGCUGGGUAUCCCCACAGCCAAUCUGUUGCUGCAGCAGCAGCAGCAGCAACAGCAGCAGCAGCAGCAGCAGCAGCAACAGCAGCAACAGCAGCAGGAGACAGACGCAACUGUGGACCUGCCCCUCGUGCCGGGUGUAUACUUCGGUUGGGCCGUCGUUGUUCCCCCUUCCUCUCCGCCUUCUCCUCCUUCUGCUGCUCCAACUGCUGCUGCUGCUGCUGCUGCAGCAGCAGCAGCUGCUGCUGCUGCAUCGUCUUCGCGUGUGGGGCCGUGCAAGGCAGUGCUGUCUUUUGGGUUUAACCCGCACUUCGGCAACAGCAAGGCCACAGUGGUGAGCUUGAAAAAAAACUGA